AUGAAAAAGGAAGGCGGGAAAAACACAAAAUGCAUAGCCUAUGUUGUAGCUUUUAUAGUGUUCCAGACCAUAAUCAUUCUGGUGUUUGCACCGACUCUGUUGAAGAUCAAAAGCCCAAAGCUCAGGUUUGGCAAAGUCGAUGUUGAGAGCUUCAGCAACAGCACUUCAUCUUUCACCAUGAAGCUACAAGCUCAAGUUGCCGUCAAGAACACAAACUUCGGCCACUUCAAGUAUUCAAACAACACCAUCCCCAUCACAUAUGGGGGUGUAACAGUUGGGGAGGUGGUGGUUCCCAAGGGCCGAGCCAGGGCUCGAUCCACCAACAGAUUCAUGGUUGCAGUGGAACUUAGCUAUGACCAGCUUUCAAGCAACUCCACCCUAGGAAAUGACAUCAAUUCUGGGCUUUUGCCUUUGGUGAGCCGGGCCAAGUUGCCUGGGAAAAUACAUCUGAUGAAGGUGAUGAAGAAGAAGAAAACUGCAGAAAUGUACUGCACCAUCAAGGUCAAUUUGAUGAAUCGUGUCGUCCAGGAUUUGAAGUGCAAGUGA